AAAGAAACGACGAAAAAAAUACUGCUACUAUAAACACCAAAGUGACAAUUACGUAAAACUAUUACGCUGAAGUGGAGAAAGACAUUUCGUACCGCAGUUCCCCAUUGUCAAGAUACGAUCACUUAAAUAGUGGAGUUUUGAACAGAAGGGACUUUUAAAAAACGGAUUCUUAAAGGCCAUUGGGCCUUACAAGUGUCAGUCGCAAGUCUUUUUCCCACCUCCUUUACUUUUAAAUGGGUCCCAAUGGAAGUUGAGCCACUGAACCUGUGGAAGUCGCGAGGAACUCUGCUCCCCUGCGCAGUGGAUAAACUUUUGUCACUAUGGUGACCACAAAUUUAUAAAAUAAAAUAAAAAACCCGGCACCCAUAUGACAUGAUGUGAAUAUAAAUUAAAAUAUACCUAAAAAUAAAAUAACUCUUACACUGAAAAGGUAGUUAUUUGCGAGGGAUUUUUCCCUUUUGAGAAAUUUCAAUCUUUCUUUUAAAAGGAACAAAUAGAAAGGUGAUACACACACGUGCAAAUUAAUACUGGCGACCAAACGAAAUAUUAUUUAAAAGCCUAUACCGCAAUCAGCUAUGUUUUUGCAGAAUUUCGUCUUUUUAAUUUUUUCAUACUUUUUUGCGCUGCUGUUGGUAUGUCAUCUGCCUCGAAUAUCCGGACAGAAGUCAACCGGUCCACGGUGGCUGAUCGGUGACCGGGAGGCCCACUGCAGCGUCGUCUGCUCGCGGACGCAGGGCAAGCCGGUCUGCGGCUCGGAUGGGCGGAGCUACGACAACGGGUGCGACCUGCAGAAGGCGCGGUGCAAGGACCGCUCUCUCACCCUGGCGCACCGCGGGCGCUGCAGAGGUACGGUCAUUUCAGGUAAAAACUGGGUGCGGAUUGGCCAGCCCCCUGCGGCUCCUGCACCAACGUCAUCCCCGGAGGGGAAGGACCUGGAGCUGAGAGACGCGGGGCAGUCGAAGUGCCGCGUGGAGCGGAGCCAGGCGCUGGAGCAGGCCAAGCGGCCGCAGGAGGCCAUCUUCAUCCCCGAGUGCAAGGACGACGGGUCCUUUGCCCAGGUGCAGUGCCACACCCUGACGGGGUACUGCUGGUGCGUCACGUCGGACGGCAAGCCCGUCAGCGGGUCUUCGGUCCACAACAGGACUCCCACAUGUUCAGGAAACUUCCGUGAAUUUAUGGGAACUCAUGCUGGGACAAGUGGACUGUCAGGGUCAGUAACCGAUAAGCCACCGGGGCCGCCUAGCUCGGGGAGAAAAGUCUCUUUCCGUUUCUUUCUCACCCUGAACCCAGAUGACGGGUCGAAACCCACCCCCACCAUGGAGACGCACGUGGUCCCAGAGGGUGACGAGAUCACUGCCCCCACUUUGUGGAUCAAGCAGCUCGUGUACAAGGAAAAGAACAGUUCAAGCACCAGGAAGCCAGAGAAAGUUCCUUCUUGUGACCAGGAGAGGCAGAGUGCCCUGGAGGAGGCCCGGCUGAACCCCAGGGAGGCCAUCUUCAUCCCGGACUGCGGCCCGGGGGGCACGUACCUGCCCGUCCAGUGCCACCAGUCCACGGGCUACUGCUGGUGCGUUCUGGUGGACACUGGCCGGCCCAUCCCCGGCACCUCCACCAGGUACCAGACCCCUGAGUGUGACAGCACUGCUCGCUCACGCACUACUGAGUCAGAGGAUCCCUUCCGGGAGAGAGACCUGCCAGGCUGUCCAGAGGGAAAGAAAGUAGAAUUCAUCACCAGCUUGCUAGACGCUCUCACCACUGACAUGGUGCAGGCCAUAAACUCGCCAGCGCCCUCUGGUGGUGGGAGGUUUGUGGAGCCCGACCCCAGCCACAACCUGGAGGAGAGGGUGGUGCACUGGUACUUCGCCAAGCUGGACAACAACGGCAGCCACGACAUCAACAAGAAGGAGCUGAAGCCGCUCAAGCGCUACGUGAAGAAGAAGGCCAAGCCCAAGAAGUGCGCUCGCAAGUUCAGCGACUACUGCGACCUCAACCAGGACAAGGCCAUCUCCCUGCCGGAGCUGAAGGGCUGCCUGGGCGUCAGCAAGGAUGGAGGCGGCUCAGUGAGCGGCAUCAGCCCGGGGACAAGGCAAGGGACUCGUUUGUUCAUAGGUCGUCUGGUGUGAAGGGAGAGGAGUCUCGCAGCUGAGGCGGGGAGCAGGCGGUGCAGAGCGAGAGCAUCUCUGUGCGUUCAUCCACAGAGAGAGGGACAGCAGAAAACAGAAAGAAGAAAAGUUCCAGUUCUAAUAAAGAAGUGGCACCAAAAUAUUUGCACUUUCUCCUCCCAAUGUUAAGUAUUCUACAUUUUUUUUUCCAUUUGAAAGUACGACUUAAAAGUCAGUACAGAAAUAUUGAUUGAUUUUAAAGAGCAAUGCUGAUAGAGAAUUUAAAUGAUUUAAAAGGAGGAAAUUACUUGUCUUUACGUUCAGCUGUGCUGUUCCUCCCAACCAAUGGGGUUUGCCACAGCUAAUUUGUAGGGCAUCACUAAAAUUAACCUCAUUGGCUGUUGACUCUGCAGCAUGUAAUCAGCUACCUAAAAACCUGAGCAAUCCAAGGCCACGUUCAUGGCUAAAACAGGACGAUUUCGGCAAGCUUUAAACUGUUCGAUGUACUUUUAAAAAAGUGACACACUGCUAGGACCGUGUCAGUCUAUAGUCCACGUUUAAUCUGGAAUCUGGCCAUGAUUUCCACCCUUUGUAUGUCACAAUAUUUAUUUUCACUGGUUUGUUACAUCUCACAGAAAUGAACUAGUUUUAAAGCCUUAGUGAAUCCCAGGUGUUUGAUUUUUGUGUUUUUAGCAGUGAAUAGUCCUUUAACUGUUCAGUUAAAGCUGUUGAUUUCCAGAGUACCAGCACUACAGAAUAUUUUUUUGUGAUAGAUUAUGUUUUGUGUCUUGAGUGAAUUUGUAUUAAAAAAGAGGGAGAGAGAGGAAAAGCCAGGGGCAGAAUGUGUUUGUUACAAAUACAAAAUGUUGAGAGUUUUAACCCACGGUGAUUGUAGCAAGCAUUUGCAGAGCCACUGAUUUAGAGUUGACCUGCGACUGUCUAGAUCUGUAGGGGUAUACUGUAGUCUCCAUUCAUCCUAAACAACACACACACACACACACACACCGUGCCACCUCCUCAUCCUGUUACCACUGUUGCCACAAGUGGGGAUUGAGUUGUGGUGGGGGGGGAGGGGAAUCAUCCUCCUUUGAAGAAACGAAAAUAAAGUAAAUAAUUAUAAAAAUGAUGACAGUAUACAUCCCCUCAGAUAGCUGCAGGUCUCUGUCUAAAGGUGAAAUUCCUUGUGUAUUUCCUUGUUGUUGUCUUUUUGUUCUUGUUUUUUGUUUUUUUUUGUUUGUUUAUUUGCUUGCUCGUAUGGACAUAUAAAUUGUACCAAGAAGCCUUAGUAGCGCCUGCUCAUGGAAGUAAAGGUAAAAAAAAAAAAAAUGCUCACGAUGUAAAUAUGUAUCAUAAGCUUUUUGUUUUUUUCCCCUCACUCUUACAAAUUGUCCUGCUUGGGUUUUGGCACCCCCUGUAAAAGCAGUUCUGUGGUUAUUGAGCUUGUUCGUUUCCCCUUUCAAUGAAAUCCCCCGUGGGCUAAAGCCCUCUUUAUAAACCAAGCGAUACUACAUCCACAACACAGGGCAGGAAGACUGUGCAUAAUUAGAAGAUCUGUGAAAAGUGUUUGAGUUUUAUUUUUUUGCGUCAGCAGUUUUGUCAUUCUUUAAUUUUUGUUUUUUUUUAUGACUUGUGCGGUCUUUUUAUUUCCCUGUGAAUUCGAGGAGAAGAGCCGGUGUUGCCGCGGUAACGUUUUAUGGAAAAGCGGAGUUAGGGAAGCGUGAUACUGUGGAUCCAAUUGUCUGGAUUUUGUCUCUCUCUCUUUUUUUUGUCAGUGUCACAGUGAUUAUGGCUGGGGACCGGUUGGCCACUCUCUCCCCGCCCCCCCCACCCCUCCCUCCCUCCCUCUCUCCCUCUCUCCCUCUCUCCACCUGAGCGCCCCUUUCUGAAACACUGGGCCUGUGUGUCUGCCGAAGUGCUUCCAGACCCCAGGGGUGGAUCACAUUUUAAACAUCUAAAUUGUUUAGCAGUGCAGACAUGGCCGUAAUCACAGCUAAUCAACUGGAGGAGCCAUUGUGGAAAAAAGGGGGUCCAAAGAGGGGAGGGGAGGGGGGGGUGGAAGAAAAGAGAAGAAGAGAAAGAAAAAAACAUUUUAAAGAGGUGUGAUCAGGUGGGGCACAGGCUGUGAGCUCCCUGUAUGCACUGCACUGGUGCAUUUGACUGGGAGGGUGAGGUACAGUAGUUUCUGAGGGGGAAAGAGGGGGGCAUUAAGAACUACUUGAGAGCACAUUAGUGACACCUACUGGCAGAAAUAGGUAACUUCUUUUAAGGGGCACUGCCAAAACCCAUGCAUUUUACCUUUACAAACGCCUUGUAGACAGAUUGUUGAAACUAAGAGGAAUAAAAGCAAUAUCUCUUUUUUUGA